UUUUGCCUCGAUUCUCAAAAAAUCAGGAAUUUCUUCGAAUCAUCCACAUGUUCUAACAAUAACAAAUUGAGAAACGGUUCAAGUUGCGCGGUUCUUUGUUUAUUUUCUCGUACUUUAUUUCAGACGCCUUCAAACUUAACCCGAUAUUCUUCCGCGGGACCCGUUCAUAGUAGAAGUUAGCCGGUACACAGUAUUUCAAAGUUCUUAAUGCCACCUCUCCAUCUACCAUGACCGACGAUAGUAGCGCCACCAACGCCUCACUUAGAUCACGACAACAAGGAAAAACCAAGAUGGGCGCGACAAACAGCGAGCCGUCGCCCUACUCCUCCUCCUCCUCUUCUUCUUCAUCCAAUACUCCCGCCUCAUCCCCGACCACAAAACGCAACUCACCGUACCUCCCGACCCCCCUCGAAACCGCGGUCCUGCUAGCCUACCCAACAAUCCUCGUCUUCGGGGCGCUCUUCUCCGUCCUCAGCCCGCAGACCCGCAACGCGGCGUACGACCCCAUCCGGCAAUCGCACGUCGCGGCCUCGGCGCCGAGCUACUUCGCGCGCAAGGACAACGUGCUCAACGUCCUCUUCGUCAAGCAAGGCUGGGCCUGGAUCUCUGCUUCUUUCCUCGCGUUUGCCGCCUCGCACCCUGUGUUCGGCGCUUGGGGGAAUGAGGGGUCGGAGAGGGGCACGAUACGUAGGGUUAAGGCGGCGGUGAGAUGGGGCCUGGUUACGGCGUGGUGGGUGCUCGUCACGCAGUGGUGCUUUGGCCCCCCGAUCAUCGAUCGCGGGUUUAGGUUCACCGGCGGGAAGUGCGAUGGUGCGGUUGAGGCGGUCGGCGAGGGAAACGCGGAUGCGGGGGAGUUGUUUACGGCGGUGGCGUGUAAGGCUGCGGGAGGCAGGUGGAGCGGGGGUCAUGAUAUUAGUGGCCAUGUUUUUCUGCUGGUGCUCGGGAGCUGCUUUUUGGUUCAGGAGGUUGGGUGGGUGGUUUACCGCGCGGGAAGGGCGGGGGGCGUUGAGGAGAGGUGUGUGGUUAUGCCUGAUGGCGCGGUCAAGGGCGCGGGUGUUGAGGCGGAGAGGAGUGGUGCCCGGGAGGAGAGGGCGUUGGGGUUUGGCGGGAGGUUUGUCGUGGUGGUUGUGGGGUUGUGCUUGUGGAUGCUGCUUAUGACUGCUAUCUACUUCCAUACCUGGUUCGAAAAGUUCACUGGUCUGUUAGUAGCUGCUAUGGGUAUCUACCCCAUCUACAUCCUUCCGCGGUGGAUACCUGCUUUAAGAGCGUUUGUCGGAUUACCCGGGAUAUAAUUGGCGGAGGGCAGAUGGGAGUGUCUGGAGGAAUGCGUCGACGGUACAUUAUAGUUUUACGAGCCACGAGUUGAAAGAUAGAUUUUGAUUAUUAUUAGCUAAUGAUAUUAUCCUAGCAUACAAUAUGUAUGUUGUUAUGUCUUA